AUGUCUGCCUUUACCGAGUACAUCUCGGCUUCCGUCAAUCGGUACAACCACGCAGCCGCGUGUACAUCGUCUUCUUUGAUAGCGUUUGGUAGUGGGAAUCUCGUUGCUCUGUGGGAUGCUGCGGAUCCCUCUGAGCAAGGCGUACAUCAAACCCUCGCCGGCCAUACAUCAAGAGUAACAUGCGUACACUUUGUUACGGAUAGAUGUCUGAUCUCUGGCGACGAUGCGGGGAUCGUAAAAAUCUGGCAUAGUCUUGAAGGGGAGGAUUGGUCAGAGACUAUCAGUGUGCAGGCACAUGCGAAGUCGAUCUCUACUUUGACAUAUCACGCUGGUUCUGGAUGUAUCCUCACGGGAUCCUCCGACGCUAGCGUCAAACUGUGGAACUGGAAUACAGAUACUAAAGAGCUAUCAUCACCGUCGCAAGAAAUCUCGUUGAAGAACCGAUAUCCUCUGUCAGUAGCACUGGAUGGUCUCCCGGGAAGCUCCUCGACGAUACUCGCCGUUGGUUGCACAGACCGCUCCAUACAGGUUUACACACGCUCCACUGAACAGUUCGUACACUCUACUUCGUUACCUGGACACGAAGACUGGAUCCGUGCUCUGAGUUUUCUCUCACCGACAUCCCCUACUGCACCCUUGAUCCUGGCCUCUGGAUCCCAAGAUGCGACGAUCAGGCUAUGGAACAUAGAGCCACUCAGUGCUACAAAAGUCGAGGCUCAUGCUACCUCCGAUGAGCUACUGGACGCGUUUGAGGCGUCACUUGGUGAAACAGGCGAACGCGACGAGGGCGGGCGCCAAAUCACCCUUAAGCGACACAUCGUCAGAGCCGGGGACACCCAGUACAGCAUCACCUUUGAUGCCCUGCUUGUCGGCCACGAGGCAGGCGUGACAUCGCUCGCGUGGCGUCCUGCCAGCAGCGAGACGACAACGCCAACCCUACUGUCGUCUUCAACCGACUCAUCCAUCAUCUUGUGGUCUCCAGCUGCUGUACCAACCCUUCAGAAGGGACAAGAGACUUCUUUGUGGAUAUCGCGCGAGCGAUUCGGAGAUGUCGGUGGGCAGAGGUUGGGAGGCUUUGUUGGCGCGCUAUGGGCUGCUCAAGGGAACGAGGUCUUAGGGUGGGGAUGGGCUGGCGGAUGCCGUCGGUGGCGUACCCCAUCCACAUCUGUCUCUGUAGAGUCGGAGACGUGGACGGAAGUGGGCGCUAUAAGCGGGCAUGCUGGACCUGUGCGGGGAAUAUGUUGGGCGCCGGGCGGCGAAUAUCUCUUUUCUACCGGACUUGACCAGACUACACGUGUGCAUGGCGCUAUAUCGACUUCGUCAGGAGGCGCGGUGUGGCACGAGCUUGCUCGACCGCAGGUGCAUGGGUACGACCUGGUCGGUGUCGCGGCGCUGAGCGCAAUCAGUUUCGUGAGCAUCGCGGACGAGAAGGUCGCGCGGGCGUUUGAAGCUCCGGCUGGGUUCGUCAAGAUGGUGCGAGCACUCGGCGUCGCUCGGCUUGAGGGUGCAGAUGAGGAGAAGAUGCCAGCCAGUGCGGUUGUGCCGCCCUUGGGGCUCUCCAACAAAGCAAAUACGGAUGCAAGCUCGCAAGUGGUCCCUACGUCCCAGAACCGUUCGAACCGACGUCCCUUCGAAGGUGAACUAGCAUCCACGACGCUUUGGCCCGAAACGGAGAAGAUCUUCGGACACGGCUACGAAUCCAUUUCAUUGGCGUCCUCGUCUUCACGUGCGCAUAUUGCUACGGCAUGUAAGGCGACAAGCGCGCAGCACGCUGUUGUGCGCGUAUACGAUGCGCAGAGCUUCCAGCCGCUAGGCAAACCGAUCGAGGGGCAUAGUCUGACCGUCACAAGAAUCGCGUUCAGCCCGGAUGACACAAAGGUCCUGAGCGUCAGCAGGGAUAGAACAUGGCAUCUCUCUGAGCGGCAAGAGGGUGGAGGUUACGUACCGGUCGUGGCAGACAAAAGCCAUGCGCGCAUCAUAUGGGAUUGUGCAUGGGCACCUGAGGGAGACGCAUUCGCGACUGCUUCGAGAGACAAGACAGUGCGGAUAUGGAGCCCGAAGGACGACGGAAGCAAGAAAUGGUCGGCGAUCGCGACGCUCAAGCUGGACGAGGCAGCUACGGCUAUUGCAUUCGCGCCGGGCGAAAAGGAUCGAAGGCUGCUGUCCAUCGGACUGGAGACGGGCGAGAUUCUGCUUUAUUUUUCCCCAGUCUCGAGUCCGACUGAAUGGUCCAAGCUGAUGACAAUCCCGCGCGGGGUUGCUCACAUCGAUCACAUACACCAGCUUUCCUGGCGUCCUAUGUCCGACUCGACGGAACACCUAGACCGGCUGCUUGCGAGCUGCAGCGACGACGGCACGCUACGCGUUCUUCGGGUGGUUGUAUAG